CGUUACGGGCGCUAAGUCAAAGCAAAAGAUGGUGAUCUGUGUACAACUCGGCCAGAUAACGUCGCUCCUGCCGAUGCAACGGUUCAGCUCGUCCGUAAAUGUAUAAAACAAGCUUUCUCGAGCAAAAUCAGCAUCAGUUAGACAGCUACCGUGAAAGUGCCGCGAUAGUUUCGAUCCAGAACACACUCAGCAGUUCAAAAUGAAAAACGUGAACCUUUUGAUCGUACUUGUGGGAUUUAUGGGCCUUCUGCUCGGAUCUCAAGCUGAAGCCAAAAAGUUCGACAAGUGUUCUCUGGCCAAGGCCCUACUGGCUCAAGGCUUUAGUAAAGCCGAUCUUCGGAACUGGGUAUGCCUGGUGCAGAACGAAAGCGGCAUGGAUACCACCAAGAAGAACAACAAUCGUAACGGGUCCACCGAUUGGGGUCUGUUCCAGAUCAACGACCGGUACUGGUGCGAUCCGCAGGAUAAGAGCAAGAAGGCUUCAAACGAGUGCAAGAUCAAGUGUUCGGAGCUGCUGAAUGCUGACAUCAGCAAGGCAUCCACUUGUGCCAAAAAGAUCCACAAGCGACACGGCUACCGCGCUUGGUACGGGUGGAUUAACCGCUGCGAGGGCAAAGCGCUUCCUGAUCUGAGCAAGUGUAAUUUAUAAGAAUCUCGAUGGAGUUUGAUAAUCGUAAGCCCCAUGAAGCUAAUAAAUUAUAAAUGCCAAACGGAGCUUAAACUUUA